AUGUAUAUCGAUACUGCGUCAGCGAACAGUCGGUCCUCGAGGCCUCAGAUCACCAUCGAGCCAUCGCCGUAUAAUGACCGCUCGACACCGCUUAUGGAGGCUUUUGUGGGACAAGAGGCUGGGACGAAUGAGAGGCCGCCGCCUACUUACCUCGAAGCCACUACGCCUGGUCUUUAUACGAGUCGACUGAGUGGCGAAGAAGGCGCCAGGCUGCUCUCCUUUGAUGGACGAGGAGCCCGGGAUGCGAGUUACAAGGAAGAGCAGUACGGGAGACGGAGUCUCAGGUCGCAAUGCCUCAAGAAGACCUGGUUGAAGGUGGUCGGCACAGUGCUUGCUAUGAUGCUCGUGUCUGCCAUGUUGGCCCUUAUGGUUGCUGCGGUGUCAGUCCGAAGGGAUAGACAGAACUCUGCUACUGCCUCCCUAUCUUCAGCACAAUCCGCACAGGGUGACGCCGCCCACCCCGAAGGCUUCAUCGACGACGAUUCCGACAAGCCCAGUCUCAUCGCCGUUCCAUGGCCCUCACCAUCCGCCGCAGCGCAACCCACCGCACCAAAACAAUCCUUCCCCAUCCGCUGGCCAUCCAAGUGCGGAAAAGACUACAACGUCCGAACCGAACACCACGACUUCGGCCAAACAAGCGAGCUCAGCAUCCAAGAAGCCGUCCACCAACUCGACGGCCCAUACAGACGAGUAGCAGGCUGGAUACACGUCGCAACCGCCCCUCCGGAGCAAGCCCCCGGCACAAUCCAAGUAAAGACAUCCUACGCCGUAUCCGCCUCCGUGGACGUAAACGCCGUCCGAUACGCCUCCACGGACAACAGCCUCACAAUCGGCGACCCCUCCUUCCCCGACGGCUUCGACGGCGUGCGCCCCGGAAAGGCCUGCCUGGGCAUGUCCGUAGUAAUCUACAUGGCCCCUGGCGCCACCUUGUCUAAACUGCACAUCGCAACCACGCACAUGGGCAUGCAGAUCCACUCUGGCACGAACUUCACCGUCACAGACUCUACUUCCAUCUCCCUGACUACUGGCACCCUCGACGCCAUCGCCUUUUCCUCGCGCCAAACAUACCUCUCCACAAUCUCUGGCUCCAUCUCCGGCGCCUACGCCCUCUCCGACCUCCUUUCCGUUAAGACAAAGAGCGGCUCCGUGAACAUCGACAUCGAUCCCCAGCCCGCCGCAAAAGGCUCCACAAACCCCGCUGUCUUCAGCGUGGAUUCGCUCUCGGGUAGUAUCCGCACGGAUUUCAAACGCAAACACAUCCCCGAGCGCGACUACCAGACUUACAUCAACACGACUGUCGGUUCUGUAGACGGCACUUUCAUCCACGGGUCGCGCACGGAGAUAAACAGUGUGGCUGGACUCGUUACGGCUGAUAUCCUUCCGUUUAAAUCAGGGGAUUACCAGAGCGAGAUCUACACGCAUACCCACUCCGGACAAACUUCUCUCACGCUUCGUUCGCCGUAUAAGGCCAAGGGUGUGGCUAUGUCUGGGCUGGUGAGUACGCAUAAGAGCACGAGUGGCGGGUUGGAUGUCACCUACCCUGAGGAAUGGACGGGGAAUGUAGAUGGCACGUCAUUGAGUGGUGCGCUGCAUUUGCAGGGCAAGGAGCUGGAGUUGUUGGGCGAGAACGAUGAGCCGGGGAAGAAUCAUGUAGAGGCGAAGAAGGGAGAUGGCAAGAGUAGUUUGAGCUUCGAUACUGUGUCUGGGGGGUGUGAGAUCAAAGUUGGGAAGUUGUAG